AUGUCCUCCUCCGACAGCGACACGCCCCUCGUCAAGGGCAAGGCCAACGGCGCCAUGUCUGCCCACACCAUACCCAAGAGCGUGGACACCAUCAUGGACAAGCAAGUGCCUUCGAACGGUCAGAACGGUCAGCUCGAAGUCGACAUAUCAAUACGCAAUGGCCCCGUCCGAGAAAUGGACAUCGACGAGCCGAACGGUGUCGCCAACGGGAAGCGGAAGCAGCGCGCGAGCAUCAACGGGAAAAGCUACAAGGAAUCCUCCAGCUCAGACGAGGACGAUAAGCCACUGAGUAAGCGGCGCAAGACCUCGUCCCCCAAGGCGACUUCAGCUUCAGAUUCCGAGUUGAGCGACGUACCCUUGGCGAAGACGACCGCAAGGCAGCAGCUGCCCCCGAAGAUCAAGCCAGCGGAUGUAGGCGAGUCUUCUGACUCCGACAUUCCUCUCGGGCGAAAGCUUGCGGAUGAAAAGAAGCACAUUGAGCAGGCUGCUGAGAAGGAAGCCAAGGCUAUCCGCGCGGCGGAAAAGAAGGCGCCCGCCAAGAGAAAGCCCCAGAAGGUGGAAAGCGAGAGCGACGAUGACGUUCCGCUAUCGAAGAAGAAAAAGCCGGUUGCUAGAAAGGCCAACGGGGUGAAGAAGGAGGAGUCUGACGACGACCUCCCUCUAAGCAAAAAAGCACCUGCUGCUAAGAGAGGCAAGGCGAAGGUGGCCGAACCCAAGAAGGCCACCAAGGGCAAAGCUGCCGCAAAGAAGGAGACGGACGACGACGAGGAGGCUGAUGCUGAGGAAGAGGAGUACAAAUGGUGGGAGGAUCCGACCAAGGGCGACAACUCCAUCAAAUGGCAGACACUGGAGCACAAUGGUGUCGUCUUUCCGCCGGAAUAUGAGCCUCUUCCACAGAACGUCAGGCUCAAGUACAACGGAAUCCCCGUCACCCUGCACAAGGACGCCGAGGAAGUUGCCACUUUCUUCGGAUCGAUGCUGAACUCGACCCACAACGUUGAAAAUCCCACAUUCCAGAAGAACUUUUUCCACGACUUCAAAGAGGUAUUGGACAAGACUGGUCACGCCAAGGGUCCGGACGGCAAGAAGAUCAAAAUCGAAAAGUUCGACAAGUGCGAUUUCAAGGACAUCUACGAAUACUACGCGGCCCAACGCGACGCCAAGAAAGCGCUGCCCGCAGCGGAGAAGAAAGCUUUGAAAGCAGCAAAGGAUGAAGCUGAAGCGGCCUACAUGUUUUGCCAGUGGGAUGGUCGCAAGCAAAAGGUUGGCAACUUCCGCGUCGAACCGCCCGGCUUGUUCCGUGGUCGUGGUGAACACCCGAAGACGGGCAAGGUCAAGAAGAGGGUUCUGCCAGAGCAGAUCACGCUCAACAUUGGCAAGGAUGCGAAGGUUCCCCCACCGCCGGCUGGUCACAAGUGGAAGGAAGUCAAGCAUGACCAAACAGGCACCUGGCUCGCCAUGUGGCAAGAGAACAUUAACGGUGCCUACAAGUACGUCAUGCUUGCCGCGAACUCCGAUAUCAAGGGCCAGAGCGAUUUCAAAAAAUUCGAAAAGGCGCGAGAGCUCAAGAAGCACAUUGAUCGCAUUCGGAAGGAUUACACCCGCGACCUCAAAUCUGAAGUCAUGGCAGAUCGCCAGCGUGCCACGGCUGUUUACCUCAUCGACAAGUUCGCUCUCCGUGCCGGAAAUGAGAAGGGAGAGGACGAGGCAGAUACCGUUGGCUGUUGCUCGUUGAAGUAUGAGAACAUCACGCUGAAGCCGCCGAACACGGUAGUGUUUGACUUUCUCGGAAAGGACAGCAUUCGCUUCUACGACGAGGUCGAAGUCGAGCCGCAGGUGUUUAAGAACCUGAAGAUUUUCAAGAAGGCGCCCAAGAAGGAUGGCGACGAAGUCUUCGAUAGACUGACCACUUCAGGUCUGAACAAAUAUCUCAGCACUUACAUGCAGGGCUUGACGGCAAAGGUUUUCCGUACCUACAACGCCUCAUACACCAUGGCAAGGCUGCUCAGGGAGAUGAAGUCGAUCGGAAGCAUUGCCGAAAAGGUCAAGGAUUACAACGAAGCCAACCGGAAGGUUGCCAUCCUUUGCAACCACAAGAGAACUGUUGCUGCCAAUCACAGUAAUCAGAUCGAGAAGAUGCAGGAGAAGAUCAACGGUCUCCGGUAUCAGCAGUGGCGCGUCAAGCAAAUGAUGAUUGACCUCGACAACAAGAUCAAGAAGAAGAAGGGAGCAGAGUACUUUGAGCUCCCCGAAGACCUCACUCAAGAAUGGGUCGAGCAGCAUCAGCAGGCACUCGUUGAGGAGCAGCGUGACAAGAUCAAGAAGAAGUUCGAGAAGGAAAACGAGAAGCGGGUGGCCGAUGGUGAGAAAGAGAUGAAGGCCAAGGAGCUCCAAGAACGUCUCGAAGUCGCAGACGACCUGGAGAAGAAGUUCAAGAAGGAGAACAAGACGAAAAAGAUUGAGGCUGAGGGCAAGGGCGUCACGGUGGACAAGCUGGAAAGUAAAGUCGAGCAGUUACAGCAGCGCAUCGAGACGGCGAAGGUGCAGCUGGAGGACAAGGAUAACAACAAGGAAGUUGCGCUUGGCACGUCUAAGAUCAACUACAUCGACCCGCGCCUCACGGUGGUGUUCUCCAAGAAGUUCAACGUGCCGAUUGAGCGUUUCUUUUCCAAGACGCUGCGCGAGAAGUUCGACUGGGCAAUCAAGUCGGCCGGUGAGGACUGGGAGUUCUAG